CGCCGCGUUACCGGUCAGAUCUUAAAAGGCCGGGCAGUGCGUGUGGCAUCCCGAUAGAGCAGGAGAGGAGCAAGUGGCAGUGCUGGGUAGCGGGAGCUCGGCUGUCACUGCGCUGGAGCAUCCCUGAGCUUCUGAACAGAGCCGAUCAGCCAGCCAGCCAGCAGUGCGCGCAGCCGCAAGCCCGCGCCGAUCUCAUCCGUCUCGUGUCUCCGCUCAGGCGAUCCUCCAAGACUUCGCACAAAGCACAUUUUCCAAAGCAGCGCAAGGGAGCGCCCAGCCGCGUGCAGGCGGACGCACCCUUCCUGUCCUUUGUUCCGGGGGGGAUCUGCAACUGCUCUUCUCCCCAAGUCGGAGCCUCCUGGGGUGGCGGGUCGCCGAGUGCAGCUACGAAAAUGCCUUUGGAACUGACUCAGAGCCGGGUGCAGAAGAUCUGGGUGCCUGUCGAUCAUCGACCCUCGUUGCCCAGAACCUGUGGGCCGAAGCUGACCAACUCCCCAACGGUGAUUGUAAUGGUGGGUCUCCCGGCCCGGGGUAAGACCUACAUCUCCAAGAAGCUGACUCGCUACCUCAACUGGAUAGGCGUUCCAACGAAAGUGUUCAAUGUGGGAGAGUAUCGCCGUGAAGCCGUGAAGCAGUACAGCUCUUACAACUUCUUCCGCCCUGACAAUGAGGAAGCCAUGAGAGUCCGGAAACAGUGUGCCUUGGCUGCCCUGAGAGACGUCAAGAGUUACCUGACGAAGGAAGGAGGACAGAUUGCAGUUUUUGAUGCCACCAACACUACUAGAGAGAGGAGACACAUGAUCCUUCAUUUUGCCAAAGAAAAUGACUUCAAGGUAUUCUUCAUUGAGUCCGUAUGUGAUGACCCUACUGUUGUGGCCUCCAACAUCAUGGAAGUUAAAAUCUCCAGCCCGGAUUACAAAGACUGCAACUCGGCAGAAGCCAUGGACGACUUCAUGAAGAGAAUCAGUUGCUAUGAAGCCAGCUACCAGCCUCUUGACCCUGAUAAAUGUGACAGGGACUUGUCGUUCAUCAAAGUGAUUGACGUGGGCCGGAGGUUUUUGGUGAACCGAGUGCAGGACCACAUCCAGAGCCGAAUUGUGUACUACCUGAUGAAUAUCCACGUGCAGCCACGGACCAUCUAUCUGUGUCGGCACGGCGAGAAUGAGUACAACCUGCAGGGCAAGAUUGGGGGCGACUCGGGCCUGUCCAGCAGAGGCAAGAAGUUUGCCAAUGCCCUGAGCAAGUUUGUGGAGGAACAGAAUCUGAAGGACCUCCGUGUGUGGACAAGCCAGCUGAAAAGCACGAUCCAGACCGCGGAGGCACUGAGGCUCCCCUAUGAGCAGUGGAAAGCACUCAACGAAAUCGAUGCUGGUGUGUGUGAGGAGCUAACCUAUGAGGAGAUCAGAGACACCUACCCUGAGGAGUAUGCACUGCGUGAACAGGACAAAUACUACUACCGAUAUCCCACGGGCGAGUCCUACCAGGACCUUGUCCAGCGCCUGGAGCCUGUGAUCAUGGAACUAGAACGCCAAGAGAAUGUGUUGGUCAUCUGUCACCAGGCUGUCCUACGCUGCCUACUAGCCUACUUCCUCGACAAGAGUGCAGAGGAGAUGCCAUACCUGAAGUGUCCCCUUCACACCGUCCUGAAACUGACACCUGUGGCCUAUGGGUGCCGUGUGGAGUCCAUCUACUUGAAUGUGGAAUCAGUGAGCACACACCGGGAGAGAUCAGAGGCGGUCAAAACACACCACUAUGCCAGUGUAGUCAGACCUUCCUCUUACACCGAACUUGACUUUCUGUCUGUGGAGUCCGCAAAACAGGAUGCAAAGAAGGGACCUAACCCGCUCAUGAGACGCAAUAGUGUCACGCCACUAGCCAGCCCUGAGCCCACCAAAAAGCCUCGCAUCAACAGCUUUGAGGAGCAUGUGGCUUCCACUUCUGCUGCCCUGCCCAGCUGCCUGCCCCCGGAAGUGCCCACGCAGCUGCCCGGACAACCUUUGCUAGGGAAAGCCUGUCUACGAACUGUCUGUCACAUUUUUUCAAAGUUUUCUCCUUACUAACCUGGGAAAGAACAUGAAGAGCCCCCCGAGCGGCGCUGACCUUUCCCAGAGGCAAUCAAGCUGAAGUGUGGGUUCCAUUCCGUUUCUACGGCCUCCUUGUGCCCACUCAUCUACCUGAGUCCAAGCGACCCCAAGGACUUCUGGACUCGGGGAGAAUGGAGGUCUGCUGGGUGAAAAGUAGGAGCACCCCCUGAGACGCCGGGGUGCCAGAGACAACUAGGAAGUUGUACAGAUCCCGGCUUCCCAUGGCAAAGCUGCAGACCUCCCCACACUUUGUUCUCCUGGGACUUCCAGGGUGUCUGACCUCACAGACUCUUCUGAAGCAUGGGGAGGACUAUAGUUCUAGAAAAGAUGAUGGCAUCAGGCCCCUAAGCGGGGGUACCGAAUGGCACCAUGCUGUUUUGUUUUGUUUCUCUGGAUCCUGGCCUGGCAUGCUGAUAGCUGGGAGACGAGACUGGCAGAGAAUCCUGAAAUUCAGAGUGAGUUAGACCCCCCCCGCUGCCAGAGGCUCAGGGAUGUUCAAACACUCACGUGGCUUUUAUACAUCUUGGCCUGGGAAGAGGCCUCAAAGAUAAGGGACUUGGACACAUGCUGCCCUGGGUGUGGCAGUUCUCCUUCUGAGGAGUUCCUGAGCUGAGGCUCACUGGUCAGCUGAGCAAUGACAUGCCCUGGCUCCUCCACAAGCCCACAUGCCUUCUAGGUCUCGGGAUUGCAUCAGCAGAAGGAAGCAUUUUGCUGAAAAAAAAAAAAUCACCAGGGCCCCCUCUUCCCAGGGCUUCUGUUCUCCACCCUGGGCCUGGAGUUACCUGAGCAAACCCUGUGGCUGGCUGUUUGUUUUGCACUUUCCUCCCUCCCUCCCUCUCUCCCCUCCCUUCCUUCACUUUUUUCUUUUUGGGCAGAAGUGUGACCUGAAAGUCACAUUUCCCUUCAGGAACUUAGAUGGCAGGGUGUUGGCCCUUGGAGGCUUGGAGCUGUGAAUGGAAGGAGCUGGAGUGUCUGUGAGAUGGGGAGGCCCAGAGCCUUCGACUCCAACUUCACUCAGAUUUCCCAAGAAGGGGGCGGUGGCCCACGAGAGGCUCGUUCCAGGCCGCAUGCUCCUCGACUGCCUCCAUGUUGGUUUAGCCUAGUAUCCGUUGUAGGCCCCAUACCACCCUGCUGGACAUCUCCAGGGGUUCCCAAGAGCAGACACUCGUCCAUGUUGGCUUCAUGAUGUCCGAGACAGUUGUGCAUGGGCUGAAAGCAGUGCUGAUGUGACUACCUAUUGCUUUUGUCCUCCCCCUUUGUCCACCCAAGUUCUGGGGGGAGGAGAGGCCAGCCUGAGCCUGGAAGAAACCUUUUGGAAACUCAGUGGGUUUUUUUGCCCAAAGGAGCCUUUAUAAGGAUGCCCCACAGCUGGGCCGAAGGUCCCUUUCCUUUCUGUCUCUGCCUGUGAGUCCUGGGGAAUCCUGUCGUCCCCAGCUCAGGAGACAGGUCCUGGGGGGACACAAGGACUUGCUUCAGAGGCUUUAAAGUCACUUUGUGUCUUUCACAGCUAACCACUCAAGUUCUCAGUCCAGCCCACUACCCUUUAAACCUGUGGUCGCCAGAGGACGAUGUACAUAAGACUUGGACUGUUUCCUCCUCUUAGCGACUUGAGUCUUGGUAAGGAUACAUGCAGUGCCCAGGUGUGCACAGGCUGGUAAUACGUUUAGACCCGGGGGCCUGCGGCAUUGCAUUUGGGGCAUGGACAGGAUCUUAACUAUGUAACUCAAGCUAGCCUCAGACUUACGGCGGUCCCCCUGUCUCAGCCUCCCAAGUCCAGCAUUGGGGUGUUAUAAGCAUGAGCCACCAUGCCUGGUAGUGUGGCUUUGAGCUUGAAGGUAGUUUUAGGUGUUCCCCUCCCUUCUGAGCAUAUCUACUCUCUAGUUACAGAACCAACUCUUAGCACAUAAAAGAGACACUUAAGGCUAACACAGGUAGGGGUGGUCACCUGUGACUGAAGUCAGUCCACCAAGCGAAAGCUUUGCCUGAUGUGACUUCACACUCUGUGAAGAUCUGUGGCUAAGAGCAGGCUCAGGAGACCUUGAAGGGGUGGGACACAGCUUGAUUUGAAACACAGUGACUGGAUGAAUGGGGCGGCAUCACUCACAGAACUUCCACACUCCCACCCAAAACAACAAAAUAAAAUGGGGACCAAUGUUUUUAACUUUGCAUAUUUGUUUUUGGGGGUAAAUUUCUCCUGUUCCCUUCAGCCGUGGGCAACACCCUUCAUCUGUGGGGAGAAGAAAAACUGUUGGAACCACACCAAUGAUAUUUUCAUUUGUAAUACUUGAAAUUUAUUUUUUUAUUAUUUUGAUAGCAGAUGUGCUAUUUAUUUAUUUAAUAAGUAUAAGGGAGCCUAAAAAUAGAAGAAAGCUGUAUAGAUUGGGUUUAAUUGUUCAUUGGUUUGGGGCCUUUCAAUGUGUGAUUGAUUUCUUCGUGUUCUGUAUAAUUGUCUCUCUCAAUUGACCUGGGAAGAAGCUAUGCAAGCUUUUAAACAGGAUAUGCCUUUCCGAAAUGUGUAGAUUUCGCAGUUGCUAGAACAAUAAAACCUGGUUGACAUACA